GUAAUUUCCCAAUAUUUUCUCAGAUUGUCAUCCGUAAAGGCGUAAACCCAACCCUCAACCUUGGUUGAUUUUAGUUCCUCUUUGACAACAAUUUCCUCUUUCCUCUACCAGUCUACUGUCUAACACGGAACUGCCCGCCCUGUCUCUUACUCGAAGAAGCUCUCCUGAUUUCCUAAGCUCUCCUUCUAUCUGCAAAACCCUAGUGAAAGGUUGUAGAGAAAUAUCAAGGGAAAUGGUAGGCACGAACCUUAAAACCGAGGCGAUAAAGCUGAUGGAGCAAAGGAGUAGUGUGGAGCUUGAGAUGAAUGCCAUUAUACAGCGCCUCUGCUGCCCCGACGGACCUGGUCUCUCCGGAAAUCUUACCGAUUCAGAGGGUUUCCCUAGAGCAGACAUUGACAUUCCUGCAGUGCGUGCCGAUCGGCAUAGGCUUGCUGAGCUGCGGAAUGAUCACAAGGAUUUAACUGCAAAAAUGGACAAAUAUAUCCAAGUUCUGCACUCAUCUAGACUUCCUUCCAUACCUUCUACUACACAAGAUUCAGGUUCAAAUGUGACGCCUUCUAAUUUUAUUGGCACGACUACUACCAGCAUAAGUGCUAUGGACGUUGAUAUGGUUGUAAGCAGACCUUUUGCACUAAUUGAUGAAAUUACAGAGGCAUCCCCGGCAGCAGAAGAUGGACUACAACUUGGGGACCAAGUUGUAAAAUUUGGUAAUGUCGAGUAUGGUGACAACUUGUCGCAAAGGCUUGCAGCUGAAUCACAGAAAAAUCAGGGGCGUACAAUAACAGUUGUGGUCUUGAGACAAGGCUUAUCGGUUAACUUAUCAGUUACGCCUCGGCCAUGGCUUGGGCGUGGGUUACUAGGAUGCCACUUUCGAAUCUUAUGAUUGAGGAAUGCGAUACUGGAAUGGCGCUUCUGUCAUUGACACCAAGCAGAUCAGUUAUAAUGUUGCUUUCUUAUCCAGUGUUAUGUGUUUUCCUUUUAUUGGUUUCCUGUGUAGUUUUUUACGUAAUAACCCACAAAUUUCAAGCUCUUUGAUAUUCACAAUCUUAUAAGGCAAUCUUGUUGCGAUGCCUCAGCUUCAGAUAGUUAUCUUCCAACAAUAUUUAUUUAAACUUGCAAUCAAAUAAAGCAAUCUUGUUGCGAUGCCUCAGCUUCAGUGGGACAAAAGUCACAAAACACAGCAAUCUUGGAUUGCAUGCCGG